ACGACUUCCACUACAUUAUUAAAGGAAAUCACACGUGCACAACAGGAAGUAACGCGGAUGUGUUUUUGAUGAUUACUGUUUGUGUGGCCCCGGCCAAUUUUAAACACAGAAAUGUUAUAAGGAACACCUGGGGAUCCAUAACAAAACACAACCAGGAAGUGCGACUUAUAUUUUUGAUAGGUAAGCCUAAAGAUGAAAUUACUCAAAUUAAAAUCAACAACGAAAGUAAACAAUUCAGUGACAUUGUACAAGAAGACUUCGUUGACUCUUAUAGAAAUUUAUCCCUGAAAUCAGUAGCGAUGUUAAAAUGGACAAUCUCAUAUUGCCAUCGUGCACAAUAUGUUUUAAAAGUUGAUGAUGAUAUGUUUAUAAAUAUUCCUUAUCUAAUUGGGGUGUUAAAACAUAAACAUAUCACUAAUUGUGUCAUAGGAAAUUUAUUUCAAAGUUCUAUACCUAUUCGUGAUCCAGCAUCAAAGUGGCACACUCCAUUAAGCAUGUAUAAGGAAGCACAAUAUCCCGCCUAUCUAAGCGGAACUUCUUAUGUUAUUUCCGGUGAUAUCGUUUCUAAACUGUACAAUGCAUCACUGUCAAUACCGUUUUUCUGGCUUGAAGAUGUGUUUAUCACUGGUUUGUGCAGAAGGAAAAUUGGUGCCAAAGCAGUGGCAGACUAUGGUUUUACAUAUACCCACAGAUCACCAACGGGUUGUGAUUAUCGACACGUCAUAUCAGGCCACAAAAAUACGCCGGAGGAAAUCACAAAAAUAUGGCACGAACUACAGGAUCCCAAAUUGAAAUGUUCAAACAAAAUUUGAAUAUGUGAACACACAGAUUUCUCUACAAAUUAAGGAUCGGGGAAAUCCUUGAGUGAAUAUCGAUGCAUGAGCAAAAGCUUGAAUGUUGUAGAUACGUAUGACAGCGUUGUUUUAAUGACAAACCAUCAAAUUAUAUAUGCUAUACAUGCAGAUUUCCCGUUACUUUGUCAAUAUGAUUGAGAAUGAAAGUUAUCCUAAAUAUGUGACACACGAUAAUGAACAAAUAUAUAUAUAUAUAUAUAUGUUGCAAUAAACGAAUAGUAGAUACGCAUUUUUAUUGGUUUUAAGUCCUUUGACAGAGAUAUAAAUAAUUAUGAAACAAGAGUCUCAACACUUUCAUACAAGGAUUUUAAUAUUAUGUAAACGUCUUCUGUAAGAUUAUCUUCAUACGUAGAGUGAAAUAUAGUCUAUACAUGAUACUAAAUGGAGGACCGUUUGCCAAGUUUGAACAAUAAACGAAACAUACUUGAAUGAGUAGUUGCUUGAAUAAAAAUGCAUGAAAUGUGUGGAACAAAUGUUAUUUGAUGGAAACAGUGUAACAUGAAAUAUCUUAAAGACAGAGCUUACUGUGUAAGGUAUGGUCUGUUACCCCUAGUAAGAAUAUUAACCUGCUGUUUGGUGCAAUACAAUAUUUACAAAAAUUGAAUUCGACAUUUACAUUUUUUUUCGUGUUUAAACUUUAGCAAAUAUAUUGCAGACAAACUCCUGUAGUAAAAAAGGACUUGACAUAUAUUAUAACCAAUAUAUUGAUGAUUAGUGUGUUUCAUGCAUUGCCUUGCAGGAGAAACAUUUCCUAUAAAAAGGGGCAUAGUCUGGUAAUAUCAGUAAAUAUACAAUGCUUAACCUUAAAUAAGCAGCGUUUGUCACACUUACAGAUUUCUAUACUGAAACAAACAAAAAUAUAUAU